AUGUCGGUCGGGUUCUGCGGCCAAAUUUUCAACUACGGACUGCGGGCGAACGCUGCGAAGUUCGAUCAGUCUUCCUCACCACAGCUUCUCCCACAAAUCUUGCCUUCGAGUCGGACCGGCGUGCACGCUGCUACACUUUUCGAACUUUCUCCAAGCAACAUGGCACGUUCCGUUUCGCCAUUCGCCUCUCAGAAGAAAGGAAAACGAAAAUCAAACCCCACACUCGAUUCUUCCUCCGGAGCUGAAGCCGAUGUCCCUCCGCAUGCGUCGAACGAACAAGACGAAAAUCUCAACAAUCCAGCUGGAGAGCCCUUGGACGAAGGUCCCCAUGUUCAAAACAGCCCCCCAGAUCAGGGGUCAUCCACUGAUGGAACCGCGAAGGACCUUGCGCCCGAAUCAGACUCUGACGAGGCCCCAGAGGUUAUAAGUACUGGAGCUGGCAAGCGGCAAAUCAAACAGAGAGAAGAUGAAAUUGACAAGUUUGCUAAAGCGACAGCACGAGCAAGACGUCAAGCUAACCGUGCUCGAGACGAAAAACUUAAAAAGAAUUCCAAAGCGCGUAAAACGAAAAUCAAGACGGUUGAUCCUGAAGUGGAUUCAGACGAGCCGUCCUCGUCGGACGAAGCGAAAGAAGAAGCCCCAGCAUCAACCAAACCUGUCACUGCUCCAAUUCCCACCAACACCAAGAAAUACUUAGACCCGUCACUCUUUUCUUCCGCAUCUCACAUCCUGGAAAAGUCAAAGCAAGAAUCCCUGGCCCGCGCAUCAGAAAAAUCAAAACUAUUAAACACCCGUCGAAAGAAACAAAAGAAGCUUCAAAAUCAAGACUGGAAAGACCUCGGAAACAACACGACGGUCGUGCAUCUUUCGCAAACAGACCAUCUUAAUCCUGCUCCUCGACCGGCGGCAGCUGCCAAUUUCGUUCGGAAUAGACUGUACCCCAAAUCCAGUCGCGCGGGAGUGAAACUGCCCAAAGCUACUCUUGCAGCUAAAGCCGAGAUGGGCUCCCGGAAGUCGGGCAUCGAAACUACGCACUCCCGCCGGUCUCUUCAGCCAGCCCUUGUUUUCAGCCGCCCGCAAGACUAA